GGGCCAUAAUUUCUGCAGCAUGACUAAAAGAGCGUCCUGGCCCUGCAAUACAUGAGCAACUCGCUGUCUGUAUGACACUUGUCGUUGAUGCUAGUACCCACGCCUUGUGAUGAGAUGAGUAUAGGCUCUGACUCGGCACUACGUCUGCUUUUAAGUAGACAUGGUCGUCUCCAACAUCCUUCAAUAACAUCCGUCCGACUUUGUUACCGUGUAGGUAUUGGUACGCCUCCGGACUUUUUAAGUUGCUCAUCGCCUUACCAUCGCAAGCUACGGAUUCAACAAAGUAAGUACGUGAUACAAGACGACUUCGUCACGUCAUCUUCCCAACCAUCAAUUACGGAGGGUAGAGGUAGGCUAAUAAUACCCUUUUUGAUCUCCGUCAGGUUGUGUUCCCAUAUCAUUAAUUCGUUUUUGCAAGCUCUUCAUGAAUGUUUGUUUACUUCGAACCGGAAAUAACGCCCAUAAUUCGCGCAAGGCAUCAUGGGACACGGGAAACUCAUGCAUAGAACAAUGAGCAAGAUAUUUCACCGGAUGUAUAAAUGUGAACCAUCCGGUUGACGUUUCCACUCACGACCAAAGAUGUCCUGGUUCUUCCAUGUCAAUCAAGGCUCAAACCAGCAGCCCCCUGUCAUGAUGCCCCCAGCUGCUGGUCCCCUGUCUAGCAACACACACUAUCCGACAAUCAGUAGCAACACACUGGAUACAGCUAACACUGCUGGGCAGGGUUGGCUCUGCACACAGUCCAGUUCGUCUUCACCCAGCCUGGCAGACUUUCCGUCAGUACCACAGGGUUUAGUGCCUCCCAGCUUGGAGAACCUAUCUUGUACAUCUCUGAAGUCAGCGGCAGGCAGAGAGCCCCUACCACUCUCCUACGUAACUCUUCAGGAGCAGCGUUGUGUAUUGAGCUGGUUCUUGAGCUGGAGCACUGCCCAGAGGGAAAGGUUUCUGCAGGACCUGUUGGGGAAAGCUGUGCCAGGGAAAGUGUGUACCCUCCUAGAGUCGCUCAAUACGCUACAGGUUAAGGACAGCCCACCAAAUAUUUUUGAGUGCCAACUGCGCCUCUGGACCCAAUGGUUUGAGUCAUGGAAUGAGGAGGAGAGGAACAGUUUCCUGCACAUUCUAGAAGAGAGAGACCCAAUCUUUGUUGCCCACUUUUACAGAGGUGUAGCUGGAACAGCAGGCAGGGAUUGAGGGAUACAGGAGAAGAGGGUGUAGAAUGGAUAGGCAAUGCGUGGGUGGAAGACAGAAACAAGUUAGGUUGGAGUGGUACAUAGGGAAGCAUAUGUGUGGAGACAGUGAAGAACAGGCCAGUGGUUAAGAGCAUUGGGCUAGUAACUGACAGGUUGCUGUUUCGAAUCCCUGAGCCAACUAGGUUAAACAUGUUGAUGUGCCCUUGAGCAAGGCACUUAUCCCUAAUUGCUCAUGUAAGUCAUUCUGGAUAAGAGUGUCUGCUAAAUUACAAAAAUAUAUGUACAAUCGUUUUCUGGCUAGGGCUGAGAUGAAUCUAGUGACAUAUGAGAAAGCCCUUAUAGUAUUGAUACAUUCUGUUGACCACAUACUUGAGGGUAUUACAGAAGAUGGACUGAAUAAGGUGAACAUAUUUAUUUAAUUCUCUAUUACCAAACGAAUGGAUAGAUGUAAUAUCCUUAUUGAUCAACUUUUUUCCUCUUCUCUCAGUGCAGUUACACCAUGGCUGUGUUCAGGUAAAAUGGAGUGAGUGUAGACUAGAGGUAGAUAAAGUGAGAGGCCAGGUCCAAUUCUGUUACCAGUGGGAAUGCUUCUACUUCUGUAAUGAUCUUGAACAGUUUUUCUACAAUGCCAGAAAUAAAAUGCCAUUUCAUAGA